UGGUAGCAUGAAAUGUCACAAUCUGCUUAAUUGCCAUGAAGUUAAUAUGGCGCUCGAAAAGUGACAAUGAAACUACCUUCUUUUUUGUAUCAUGGUUUUACUUGCAGUAUGCCUCGCCAAUUAUACAUUUACUGGAAUCAAUAUUGGCGCUUACGGUUUCCAAAGCGAUGGCGGUGUCCUAUGGAAUUCGGGCUUCGGCAAACACCUUUACAGCGGUACUCUGGGCCUGCCUGAAAAUGAUGUUCUACGAAGUACAAACAAUUGUUUUCCCCAUUACUUUGUUGGCGAUAAUGCGUUUCCGUUGAAACCAUUUUUGAUGAGACCGUUUCCAGGAGAAAACUUACCACCAGACAGACAAAUUUUUAAACAACGAUUGUCCCGGGCUCGUCGGGUCAUCGAAAACGUGUUUGGAAUUUUGGCGUGCCGAUGGAGAAUAUUAUUAAGUCCACUAAAAAUGAGUCCCACUUCUGCCGAGAUUGUGAACGCCACUGUCGUGUUGCACAACUUUGUAAAAAUGCACGAUGGGAGCUAUUGUCCGCUGAAGCAAUCGAUCAAGAAAUCUAUGGCGAAGUGAGAAGGGGCUUAUGGCGAAACGAAAUUCCUGCCCCUUACAGAAUGCUAGGUGCAUGGGAUCAAACAACGUUUCCCACAAUGCUUUUAAAUUAUGGGAUGAAUUAAAGGAUUAUUUAGUAUCUCACCCCCGAAGGACCCAGGAAAGAGGAGUACAUGCAAGUACAGCGUGCCGACGAAUAACUGUUACCCAGUUUUUUU